AUGUCUCCUUUCAAAGUUUUCAAUUUAGUUUUGAUUUCAGGAACACUGUUAUAUUUUCUUCUUUAUGUUCUUAUGAUCGGGCAUUUACCGCAUGUGCCAGUGGUGAAAAUUUAUUUUGAAGAGGAACCGUCAGAAGGUGAUUUAGCUUAUUUUCCAAGGGAUUUUACACACGAAACGUCGUUGAAUUUUGGAGCUGGAAUAAUGAAAGAUGACGGAUUGAAUUCUUCUUCGACGCCAGAACUUUCGGUGAAAGAUGAGAGAGCGUCUGAAGAAUUAACAGGCGAAAAGGAUAAUUCUGCGAAGAGAAGUAGCCUUCUUUCAUUUCUUGAAGGACUAGGGGUUCCUAUAAACAAGGCCCGUAUUUUAAUGGCAAGCGAUAUUUCAAACAACGUUCUUCCACGAGUGAAUCCAAACGGAUUUUCUUUGGCAAAAUUGAUGGAGAAAAUGGACAAAGAAUUUAACCUGGAGAGUGGUACACCGUGUCCCACCAGUCACCUAAAUUCAGUUGGUUUGCUGGCGGUUUACAACAAUGCACUGAAGCUCGAGGAUGUCGAACGUGAGUUAGAAUUUGUGCAGAACGGUGGACAAUGGAAACCAGACUGUAUACCAAGAAAAAAGGUAGCCAUAGUUGUUCCCUUCAGGGACAGACAAGAACACCUUAACAUAUUCGUAAGACACAUGCACAAGUAUCUCCGAUGGCAAAUGUUAGAGUACAGAAUCUUCAUUAUAGAACAGGCCGACAACGAGCGUUUUAAUCGUGGAAUGCUAAUGAACGUUGGGUUCAAUGAAGCAAUGAAGGCGGAUAACUUCACUUGUGUAAUAUUCCACGAUGUGGAUCUGAUCCCAGAGGAUGCCAGAAAUGACUACAGCUGUCCCUCAUCUCCACGUCAUAUGUCCACUGCUGUGAGCCGCCAUGACUACAUAUUAAAGUACAAGACUUUGUUUGGUGGUGUUGAAGGUUUUUGGGUCGAGCAUUACCGCCGGAUCAAUGGAUUUCCAAAUCGCUUCUGGGGUUGGGGAGGAGAAGAUGAUGAUUUGUAUGUCAGAAUCACAGAAAGGCGCCUGAGUCUCACUCGACCGGCUCAUAUGAUUGGUCGAUACACCAUGCUGAGUCAUUCACACACAGAAGGAGAAGAAAAUCCUGAAAGGCAUGAGGAACUUCGUAGAAGUGAGGUGCUUAUCGAUACGGACGGAUUAAACACGCUCGCAUACACUGUGAUAGAAUUCCAGGAAAAGCCGUUGUACACUCUGAUAUCUGUAUCACUCCAAUAGGGUAGAACGAAAUGGAAACAGUCGACGACGUACCAUGCUAAGCCAGCGAUUGUACCUCUUGUGGUCGCUUAGCAACAUGAAUGAUCCAUCCUUAAAAGACAGGUGUCCUGGCAUGUCUUCAUUUGACAUCGAGAGAGUUCGCUGUUCUGUUACCUUCCUCAACAGCAAAGACCGAUAAUUGCCUCCACGUUGUGGUGGUAUUAAAUACAGAAAGUGAGUGACACUUUUUUCGAAGUUAUGCAGCCGCUGAAAGGAUUUUUGAGAAGGAGCGUGGGUUCAGCUAUUUUCAAAUGGUCAUAACUCGCGUCUCAUAAUAAGACAACACAAUAGUUUUGUCAUCGUUUUUCUUUCUUUUUCGCGUCUGUUCUUU